AUGGUUGCAAGUUACGUAUUUCCACAUGGUGCUACAUCACCAACAACUGAAGCUACACUUAUUUUACCUUCUUCACCAUCAUCUGUUGCUGCAAUUGAAAAAACUAAGCAACGUCAACAGGCAGCAAUGCUUGAUGCAUGGUUAGCAAUGCAUGGUGAUAAUCUUUACCCUUGUCGGGAAGAAAAAGAACGUUUAGCAAAAGAUAUGUCAAUGACUUAUAUACAGGUGAAUCGUUGGUUUGCAAAUCGACGUCGCAAGCAAACGAAACGUCGAAAAGUUGAAAUUGAAUCACCUCGAUCAGUUACAAUACCAUCAUUGUCAUCCUCUAUUGCAACAACAAACAAACAUAAUGCAUUAACCGGAUUGUUUGAAUCAGAACAAGAAUCAAAUUGGGCAUCAAAAUUACCACUUGAUUCUAUCCAGAUCGAACAAAAGAAAAAAUCGGAAAUGGUAGUACAUGCGAUACAUUCUGAUUUGCAUAAGACAGAUAUUGAAACAUUGAAAGAUGAAUUGCGUCGGAAUACACCGUCUGCACAUAUAUCAAAUAAUACCACUUUUCAACAGGUUCCGGAUGUCAAUCGAUCAUUGCCAUCACCAUGUUCACCACCUGAUCAGCGUAGGAUAUCUCAGUCAACAUUUGAUAAUAAGCUAUUACCAACUGCUGCACCUGCAUAUACACCUUCUCCGUUAAAUGCUGCAGCAGUAGCAGCAGCAGCAGCAGCUGGAAAUUUUCCGGCAGCUCUUGCUGCUGCAGCUGCUGCACAAACUGCAAAUCCAUUCCUUCUUGCUGCUGCAUUAGGAUUACAACAGCAGCAGCAGCAACAGCAACAGCAGCAGCAAUCACAAAAUGCAUCGAUAGCAUUUCCAUGGAUCAGUAAUGCGCAGUCAUUUACAGCGAUGUUACCUUAUCUUCAACAUUUACAAGCUCAGGUGCAACAACAAGCACAAGCACAGGUUGCAUUAGCACAACAAAUAGCAGCACAACAAGCUGCAAAUUUGCAUCAGCAAUUCAAAACGGUUGCGGCAGCUGCAGCUGCUGCUGCUGCUCAUACUUCAUUGAUAUCCCAACAGCAACAACAACAACAACAACAACAGCAACAACAAGCACAACUACAGUCACAUUGGUUGUCUCCUCCGCCAUCUGUUCCACCUCAAAUUUCAGCUAUAAGGCAAACAACAACCUGUCCGUCAUCACCAUUACUUCCAGCAGGUGCUGAAUCAACAUCGUCAUUAUUGGAAUUGAAUUCACAAUCUCAUCCUGAACCACAACCACCUUCACCUCCAGCAUCAUCCAGUUCAUCGUUAUAUAACGAUGAAAAACAGCAACAACAACAACAACAGCAACAACUAUCACAACAACAACAACAACAACAGCACUUUUUGUUUGAUGAAGAUUUAAUGAUUGAUUCAUUAAUGGUGGAACGAAAAGAUUUAUCUGAAAAAGAAAGUAUUGCUGUUGCCGUUUUAGCUGGUAUGGCUGCUUGUCAACGAUAG